AUGCAUGCUUCCAUCACUAUAUUCUUCUGUGAUCUAGGUUCUCCGACAAAAUUGGAAAACCUUACAGACCAACAGAGUGGAGGGGAUAUAGAGAAUCCCGGUGAUGGCUUCAUUUCAGUGCCGCAGGUUAAGAACAUCCAAGAAGCAAAACUAAUACAUCUUCAAGCAAUUCAGCUUGCGAAACUCAUUUGUGAUGAAAUUGGAAAAUUGGAUAAUUCAACAGCUGCAUUAAAAGUUUCAGCUCCUCUGAAAACUGCGGUGAUGUAUGGGAAUUGUGAAGUUGCCGAAGAAAUCUUAAGUAUAAGUUCUAAAUCGAUAUAUGUUCGAGAUAAGUCAGACCACACAAUUUUCCAUCUCUCAAUCGCGAAUCGUCGUGAAAAUAUAUUCAAUCUCAUACACCAAUAUGGUGAGGUUGGCUACAACUUUUUAAAUAUGGUAGAAAAUGAAGGAAAUUGUGGUCUACAUUUAGCCGGAUGUUUGGGUAGUCAUGUGAAACUCAAUCUCAGAGCCACAGCAGCUGGUGCAGCUUUACAGAUGCAGCGUGAAUUGUUAUGGUUUAAGGAAGUGGAAAAAAUUACACUUGCUCAUGACAGAGAGCGUAAAAACAACAAUGGGAAGACACCAAAAAUGUUAUUUACAGAGACACAUGAAGACUUGGUGAAGGAAGGAGAGAAAUGGAUGAAAGACACAUCUACAUCAUGCACUAUUGUAGCAGCACUAAUUGUUACUGUAGUGUUUGCAGCGGCAAUUACCGUACCAGGUGGAAACAAAGGUGAUGGCCUUCCCAACUUCUCCAAAGAAACAGGUUUUAGAGUUUUUGCUAUAUCUGAUGCACUUGCUCUUUUCUCGUCAAGCUCUUCCUUGAUUAUGUUCUUGUCCAUCCUAACUUCACGCUAUGCCGAAGAGGAUUUUCUCUAUGCACUACCCAAGAGAUUAAUUAUUGGACUUGUGACCCUUUUCCUAUCCAUGAUAUUUAUGAUGACAGCUUUUGGAGCAGCACUUUUUCUUGUUUUUGGAGAUAAAAAUGCAUGGAUUCUUACCGCUGUGGUCGCAUUGGCAUGUGUACCUGUGAUAUUGUUUGCAUCUUUGCAAUUUCCACUCCUUCUAGACAUGAUCAAAUCCACCUAUGGCCCCGGUAUUUUUGGUAAGAAAAGUGAUCGUAUGCUCUACUAG